AUGGGUGUUUCGUACCAGCAAUUUCGCUCAAGCAAACUCAUUACUCACCUCAAUCGAGCCAGGGCCGGCCUAGAAGCUUCCUGUGUUCUGCUCGAGAGAGUAAGUGCCUAUUGGUCAACCGCAGAGGCGAUGGCCCGACUGGGACGAAAGGCACUUCAUCAGAUCGACGUUUCGAACCCUAAAUACCAGCUGCACGAUCAUGAAAAUGAGCAAUCGCUAGACCUACCGAGCGUCUGCACUCCGCGGUCUUUGGGGAAGACCAUGCCCGUCUUGUUGCCAUCUUCCUCUAAUGCUGGGCAGGGCAUAUAUACGGAUAUCUUGUUGCCUAUGUACACCUAUGUACAAAACAUCAGCAGCACCGAUCCUGAGUGCGGCCGAUUCGCUGAUAUAGACUUUUUAUUCGGGGAGUUCCUCGACCUUUCUCUUCCCACUUAUUUUUUGGAUCCUGUUUUUCUAAGCUCGGAACAGUCAGUGGCAUGA